AUGAUGUUUGGACGGGGUUACAAGACCGCCAUUUUGGCGAUUGUGGCUGCCAGUGUUGCAACGACAUCGGAUGCUUUCAAUCUGAAGUCUCCAACUGCAUUCCUUUCCAAUACUUUCACUAGAAAUGUUGCCAAGGUCGAAGAUGUCAGCCUAUCUUCUUCAAGUGCUUUGCACAUGUCGACUGCUGAGCCUGUGCUUGCUUCGACCAUUAAGACCAUGGAACAAUACGUCGAAGAGCGUGGAGGUAACCGCCCUAUCAAGAGAAUCUUGAUUGCCAAUAACGGUAUGGCUGCUACUAAGUGCAUCCUUUCCAUGCGUCAAUGGGCUUACAUGGAAUUGGGAGAUGAACAUGCCAUUCAGUUCGUCGCCAUGGCUUCACCUGAAGAUAUUAAGGCAAAUGCUGAAUUCAUCCGCUUGGCCGAUUCUUUCGUUGAAGUUGCAGGAGGUGUCAACAGAAAUAACUAUGCCAAUGUCGAUCUCAUCACCAAGCUUGCCAUCGAAAACAAGGUUGAUGCUGUCUGGCCCGGCUGGGGUCAUGCUUCUGAGAACCCAGCUCUUCCAACAAAUCUUAAAGCCAACGGUAUUGCUUUCAUCGGACCUACUGCCCCUGUCAUGAGUGUUCUUGGUGACAAGAUCGCCGCCAACAUUUUGGCUCAGACUGCAAAGGUUCCAUCCAUCCCAUGGAGUGGUUCUUUCGGUGGACCAGAUGACGGUCCUCUUGUUGCCGAGCUCAACGCAGAAGGAACCAUCCCUUCUGAAACCUUUGAGAAGGGAACUUGCCGCAAUGUCGAAGAAGCCAUCGAAGCCGCUCGUCGCAUCGGAUACGAAAAUGGUAUCAUGGUCAAGGCCUCCGAGGGAGGAGGUGGUAAGGGAAUCCGAUUCGUUGAGAACGAAGAGGAGCUCAAGAAUGCUUACAUCCAGGUACAAAACGAGGUCGUCGGUUCCCCCAUCUUUAUCAUGCAACUUUGUAAGAACGCACGUCACUUGGAAGUUCAAAUUGUUGGUGAUCAACACGGAAAUGCCGUCGCUUUGAAUGGUCGUGAUUGUUCCACUCAACGUCGAUUCCAAAAGAUUUUUGAGGAAGGUCCACCUACCAUUGCCAAGCCAGAAACUUUCAAGGAGAUGCAAAGGGCUGCACAACGUUUGACCCAGAACAUUGGUUACAUUGGAGCUGGAACAGUCGAGUACUUGUACAACGCUGCCACAGAUGAUUUCUUCUUUUUGGAGUUGAACCCUCGUCUUCAAGUCGAGCACCCUGUCACAGAAGGUAUCACCAACUGCAACUUGCCAGCCACUCAAUUGCAAGUUGUUAUGGGAAUCCCACUGUACAACAUCCCCGAAAUCCGUCGUCUUUACGGAAAACCUGACAUGUACGGAACCGACCCCAUCGAUUUUCUUGAGGAGGACUACAGGCCUAUUGACACUCAUGUUAUUGCCGCCCGUAUCACUGCUGAGAACCCUGAUGAAGGUUUCAAGCCUACUUCUGGAACCAUCGAGCGCAUCAAGUUCCAAUCGACCUCCAAUGUUUGGGGAUAUUUCAGUGUUGGUGCCAACGGUGGUAUCCACGAGUUUGCUGAUUCCCAAUUUGGUCACUUGUUCGCCAAGGGUAACAACCGUGAACAAGCUCGCAAGGCUCUUAUCCUUGCAUUGAAGGAGAUCGAAGUACGUGGAGAGAUCCGUACCACUGUUGAAUACUUAGUUCAACUUCUGGAAACCCCGGCCUUCAUUGACAACACCAUCGACACAUCUUGGCUCGAUGGAAUCAUCCGUGAAAAGAGUGUCAAGGUCGAGACUCCUGAUGAUCUUACUGUCACUGGCGCUGCCAUCUUCAAAGCCUUCCAACAUGUUAAGGAGCAAACUGCAGAGGUUGUUGAAUCGCUUAACAAGGGUCAAGUUUCCACUUCCGCCAUCCCUUCCAUCAAUUCCUUCAGCAUCGAAGUAGCCUAUAAGGAUAUCAAGUACCCUUUCCACGUCGAACGCUUAGCCGCUGAUAUCUACCGCCUCAGUGUUGGCGGAAACGUCAUUGAUACACGAAUUACCGAGACUGCGGAAGGAGCCAUUAUUGCCUACUUCAAUGGACAAACUCACCGCAUCUUUGGUAUGGAUGAACCUUUGGGACUUCGCCUUGUCAUGGAUGGUGUCACUGUUCUGAUGCCUUCCAUCUUCGAUCCUUCCGAAAUGCGCACCGACGUAACAGGAAAGGUUGUCCGAUACCUGCAAGAGAGUGGAAGUGAGGUCAAUGCUGGCGAAGCAUACGUCGAAGUCGAGGCCAUGAAGAUGAUCAUGCCAAUCAAGGCCACCGAGAGUGGAAAGAUUACCCAUACUCUUUCUCCUGGAUCUGUUAUCUCCGCUGGUGACCUUAUGGCCAGUCUUGAGUUGAAGGAUCCUUCCAAGGUCAAAAAGAUCACUACUUUCGAAGGGGUUCUUGAAACUGCUGGAGUUGAACUUGAUGUUGAACCGAAGGAAGCUCUGAACAACAUCCUUGCUGGUUUUUCGGGAAAUCCAGAGACUGUUGCAUCUGCUGCAUUCGCUUCAGUGUCCGACAAGGAAGAAGCAUCUACACUUGCUCUCGAAACUAUCAACGAAUACCUUCGUGUUGAGAAAAUGUUCGCUGGAAAGCUCAAGGAUGACGUCGUUCGCGAGAUGACUAAGGCCAACGCUAAGACUUUGGAUGUCGUUGUUGCUGAGAAUCAAGCCCACAUGGCUAUAUCUUUCAGAAACCGUCUCAUCCUUGCUACCAUCCGUGAGAUUGAAACUUUCGGCGACAGAUUCAGAUCUUCUGAUAUCCCAGCUGAACUAGAAGCUGCCCUCGUUGAGGUUGCAGGAUUGAAGGAGAAGAUCUAUGGCGAACUAAAGCUUGCUGCUGACAGCUUGCUUCGCCAAGCCAAGGUUCCAGCUUUUGAGGAGCGUCUUGCAGAACUCAAGGCAACUCUUCUCGACCCCGAAACCAAUCUUGUCAAGCUGUCAAAGUCUACUACUCUCUCUGCCGGUGUUGACCUUUUGACAUCUCUUUUCUCUGACGAGGACAGAGCUGUCAAAGAAGCUGCCAUCGAGGUCUACGUCCGUCGUGUUUACCGUGCCCAUCGCAUCAGCGACCUCACCAUUUCGGAGACUGAUGGAAAGCUUGUUUGCGACUUCACCUUCCAAUUCACCGAUGUUGAACCUUCGAAUUCUGUCGAUCGUCGAGGUCAUCUUUCCGUCCUUCCAUCUCUUUCUGGCCUUGACAGUCAAAUGACAGGCAUCUUGGAACGUUUCGCAACAAAGAUCGGAGACAAGCCAACCACUGCCGGAGGAGAACCUAUUCACAUGCUGCACAUUGCCACAGCAAGCUCCGAAAAGAGCGAUCUUCAAUCCCUGGAGGCAACGGUCAAGUCUCACGAGGAGAAGAUGACAAGAAUGGGUGUACGUACCGUUAGUCUUUUGGUUCCAGAAGAAAGGUCCAAUCCAUUGUACUACACUUUCCCACAAUGUGAUGGAUACAAUGAAGACCCUCUUCGCCGCAACAUGCGCCCUACUUUCCACCAUUUGUUGGAACUUUCCCGUCUCAGAAACGCCUACAACUUGGAGCGCAUUCCUGCGGUUGGAAAGAACGCUCAAGUUUACAUUGGAAGUGAAAAGUCUGCAAAGCCUGGACGUGGUGGCCCACAACAAGUUGUUUUCUUGCGUGCUAUUUCUCACAGUCCUGGAAUCGUCUCAGCUUCUGGAGCAAGCAAGUUUCUGCAGACGGGAUUGGAUGAGCUUGAACGAGCUCAAUCAAACUCUAAAGUCAGCCUGCAAUCGUCAUCUCGUAUCUUCCUUCAUUCGCUUCGUGAACUUGAGAACACGAGCCCAGAGGAGAUUGCGAAGGACUUCCAGAAGAUCAUUGGGCAAUUGAAGAGUCAACUUGCUGAUCGUCUUCUCAAGUUGCGUGUUGAUGAAAUUGAAGUCAGAGUGCGCUUGCAAUCCAGUGAACAGACCACUCAGUCUCUCCGUAUUGUCGCGUCUUCUGUUGAGGGCGAGUGGCUCAAGCCCUCUGUCUACCUUGAAAAACCUGAUCCUGUGACCGGUGUUGCUGCUGAAUAUUGCAUUGUCGAUCCCGAUGGAGGCGAGGGAGACUUUUGUUUGCUUGAUCCUUAUGGAGGAAGCAGUGUUGUCCAAACCAAGCGUGCCAUUGCCCGUCGUGUUGGCUCCACAUACGCAUACGAUUUCCUUGGACUGUUGGAGGUUGGUUUGAUCAGCGAAUGGCAAACGUUCAUCACCGAUAACCAAAAGACUGAUGAAAUCCCUGCAAACCUUUUCGAAGUUCAAGAGUUCCUCGAUGGAGCCGAUGGCGAGCUUGUUCUUGGCUCUCGCCAAAUCGGUACCAACCAAAUUGGUAUGCUCGCUUGGUUGUUGACCAUGAAGACUCCUGAAUAUCCCGAAGGGCGUGAAGUUGUCUUAAUUUCCAACGAUGUCACCGUUCAAAGUGGAUCUUUCGGAGUGGAAGAAGAUGAAUUCUUCUACAAGGCUUCCAAGUAUGCGCGUGAACACAAGCUUCCCCGUGUUUACAUUUCCUGUAACGCUGGUGCUCGUAUUGGUCUUGUCGACGAGUUGAAGGACAAGAUCAACAUCAAGUUCAUUGACAAAGAGAACCCUGGAAAGGGAUUCGAGUACCUUUACUUGUCUGAUGCAGACUACAAGGUUCUCCCCGAAGGAACUGUCAUUGCUGACAAGUGCGACGAAGGAUGGAAGUUGUCUGAUGUAAUCGGAACCGCCCAUGGAAUCGGUGUCGAGAAUCUUCAAGGAUCGGGAAAGAUUGCCGGAGAGACUUCUGCUGCCUAUGACGAGAUUUUCACUCUAUCUUACGUCACUGGACGGUCCGUCGGAAUUGGUGCCUACCUUGUCCGUCUUGGACAACGUGUCAUCCAAAUGCAACAAGGUCCGAUUAUUUUGACUGGUUUCUCUGCCUUGAACAAGCUUCUUGGAAGAGAAGUCUACAACUCCCAAGACCAACUUGGAGGACCACAAAUCAUGCACCCCAAUGGUGUUGCCCACGAAAUCGUGAACGACGAUCAAGCUGGUGUUGCAUCUCUCAUCAAAUGGUUAGGUUUCGUUUCCAAGAACGUUGGGGCCCUUCCAGCUGUCCGCGACUCUGCCGAUCCUGUCGACAGAAAGGUUGAGUGGCGUCCAACUCCUACACCAUAUGAUCCUCGAUUGAUGAUGGCCGGAGAAGGUAACACCCUUGGUUUCUUUGAUAAGGGAAGUUUCACUGAAUACCUUGCUGGCUGGGGUAAGAGUGUUGUUGUCGGACGUGGACGUUUGGGAGGCAUCCCCAUGGGAGCUAUUGCUGUUGAGACUCGCCUUGUCGAGCAAGUUAUUCCUGCCGAUCCUGCUGACCCCAACUCUCGCGAAGCCAUCCUUCCCCAAGCUGGACAAGUUCUUUUCCCAGACUCUUCUUACAAGACUGCCCAAGCCAUCAAUGACUUCAAGCGUGAAGGUCUUCCAGUCAUGAUCUUUGCCAACUGGCGUGGAUUCUCUGGAGGUAGCCGUGAUAUGGCUGGAGAGAUUCUCAAGUUUGGUGCUAUGAUUGUCGAUGCUCUCCGUGAGUACGAAAACCCCGUAUACAUGUACAUUCCUCCCCAUGGUGAACUCCGUGGUGGGUCUUGGGUUGUUGUUGACCCUACCAUUAACCAAGAAAAGAUGGAGAUGUAUGCUGACCCUGACUCUCGUGGAGGUAUUUUGGAACCAGCUGGUAUCACCGAAGUCAAGUUCCGUCGUCCAGACCAACUCAAGCUCAUGCACCGUCUUGACCCACAAUUGCAAAUGCUCGAUUCCGAGCUCGAAGCUUGCGAGUUUGAUGACGAUAACGACAACCUUCUUAACCAAAUCAAGGAUCGCGAAGAAUCUCUGAUCCCUGUUUACGUGCAAGCUGCAACUGAGUUUGCCGAUCUUCACGACAAGACUGGGCGCAUGAAGGCCAAGGGUGUCAUCAAGAGUGCUGUUGCCUGGGAAGACUCUCGUGAAUUCUUCUUCUACCGUGCCAAGCGCCGUAUGUUCGAGGACAACUACAUCGAUCAAUUGCAGGAAGCCUCCAAGACCAUGACCCGUGACGGAGCCAUGGAAGUUCUCACAACCGGAUUCUCCGGAGACUGGGAGGACAACAAGGCUGUCGUAGCUUACUACGAGGCCGAAGCUGCCACCAUUGGUGCAAAGAUCAAGAGCGUCAAGACUGACGCCAUCAAGGCGGACAUGGAAGCUCUUCAAAAGCAACUUGAGAGCUUGUAA